AUGAGUGGGCAAGUAGGUGACCUGAGCCCCUCGCAGGAGAGGGCGUUGGCCCAGUUCCGGGAGAACAUGCAGGAUGUCCUGGCCGUCCUGCCCAGCGCCGAUGACUACUUCCUCCUCCGCUGGCUCCGAGCUCGGAACUUUGACCUGAAGAAAUCAGAGGACAUGCUGAGGAAGCACAUGAAGUUCCGGAAGCAACAGGAUCUGGACAACAUCCUCGCGUGGCAGCCGUCAGAGGUGGUCAGGCUGUAUGAGCCCAGUGGCUUCUGCGGCCACGACAGGCAGGGCAGCCCCGUCUGGUACCGCAUCGUCAGAGGCCUGGACCUCAGGGGCCUCCUGCUCUCCGUCUCCAAACAAGAGAUCCUCAGAUUCAACUUCCGGAGCCUGGAGCUGCUCCUGCGAGACUGUGAGCGGCAGAGCCAGGAGCUGGGGAGGAAAGUGGAGAAAAUCUCGACUGUUUUUGAUUUCGAGGGGCUGAGCCUGAGGCAUCUGUGGAAGCCAGGAGUGGAGCUUAUCCAGGAGUUUCUCUCGGCACUUGAGGCAAACUACCCUGAGAUUCUGAAGAAUUUAAUUGUUGUGAAAGCCCCCAGGCUCUUCCCGGUGGCCUUCAACCUGAUCAAGCCGUACAUCACUGAGGAGACACGCAGGAAGGUGGUGAUCCUUGGAGGCAACUGGAAGCAAGAGUUGCUGAAGUUCAUCAGCCCCGACCAGCUGCCUGUGGAGUUCGGGGGGACCAUGACCGACCCUGACGGCAAUCCCAAGUGCCUGACCAAGGUCCGGUGCCCGGAGGACGGGGAGGAAGGGGGAUGCCGGGGGGCGGUGCCCGCUCACCACUCCCGCCCACAGAUCAACUACGGGGGCGACGUGCCCCCGCAUUACUACCUGCACAACCACGUGAGGGUGCAGUACGACCACCAGGCGACCGUGGGCCGAGGCUCCUCCCUGCAGGUGGACAGCGAGGUCCUGUUCCCGGGCUGCGUGCUCAGGUGGCAGUUCGCGUCGGACGGAGGGGACAUCGGCUUCGGGGUUUUCCUGAAGACCAAGAUGGGGGAGCGGCAGCGGGCCGGGGAGAUGACGGAGGUGCUGGCCAGCCAGCGCUACAACGCCCACAUGGUGCCCGAGGACGGGAGCCUCACCUGCACGGAAGCCGGCGUCUACGUCCUGAGGUUUGACAACACCUACAGCCUGAUCUACCCCAAGCACAUCAGCUACACCGUGGAGGUGCUGCUCCCGGACCAAACCUCCCUGGAGAAGAUAGAGAAAUUCUAG